AUUAGCCGCAGUGCUUGGAUCAGCCCGCGAAGUUCUAAUCAACCUACUGCGGAAGACACGGGAGUAGGCGUCCUCACAGCUGUUUGAUCCCUCGAGACCCGAAUUCCGGAAGGCACCCCCACCGAGACAGAGAAUUUCUGCAGAGAGAAAACUGGUGCCACAUGUUGUCAGCGCUUGCCUGGAGUGACUGAAACCCUGAGAUGUUCAGAGGGGUUUGUCUGAUAGGCCCACCACUGAGUCCUGUUGAAUAUAGCCUGAUAUGCCCAAGGUAGUCCUGAAUGGUGUGAUGGUGGACUUCCCUUUCCAGCCCUACCAAUGUCAACAGGAGUACAUGACCAGAGUGCUAGAAUGCCUCCAAAAGAGAGUGAAUGGCAUCCUAGAGAGCCCCACAGGCACGGGGAAGACACUCUGCCUCCUCUGCACCACACUGGCCUGGCGGGAACAUCUCCGCGACGCUGUUUCUGCCCAAAAGAUUGCUGAGAGAGUUCAAGGUGAACUCUUUGCCAGUCGGUCUUUGUCGUCCUGGAAUGCUGCUGGCGCUGGUGGAGACUCGAUAGCUUGCUACACAGACAUCCCAAAGAUCAUCUAUGCUUCCAGAACUCACUCACAGCUAACCCAGGUCAUCAGUGAGCUUCGGAACACUUCCUACCGGCCCAAAGUGUGUGUGCUGGGCUCCCGGGAGCAGCUGUGUAUUCACCCUGAAGUGAAGAAGCAGGAGAGUAACCACAUGCAGAUCCAUUUAUGCCGCAAGAAGGUAGCAAGUCGCUCCUGUCAUUUCUACAACAAUGUGGACGAGAAAAGCCUGGAGCAAGAGUUGGUAACCCCUAUCCUGGACAUUGAGGACCUUGUCAAGAAUGGAAGCAAACACAAAGUGUGCCCAUACUACCUUUCUCGAAACAUGAAGCAGCAAGCUGACAUCAUCUUUAUGCCAUACAAUUACUUGUUGGAUGCUAAGAGUCGUAAGGCACACAACAUUGACCUGAAGGGGACGGUCGUGAUCUUUGAUGAAGCCCACAAUGUGGAGAAGAUAUGUGAAGAGUCGGCUUCCUUUGACCUGACGCCCCGUGAUCUGGCUUCAGGACUGGAGGCUAUCAACCAGGUUUUGGAAGAGCAAGCCCGGGUGGCUCAGCAGAGUGAACUCCAGCUGGAGUUCAGUGCAGACACCCCCAGCUCAGGGUUCAACAUGGAGCUGGAAGACAUCGCAAAGCUGAAGAUGAUCCUGCUUCGCUUGGAGGGGGCUAUUGAUGCUGUCCAGCUGCCUGGGGAUGACAAAGGAGUCACCAAACCUGGAAGCUACAUCUUUGAGCUGUUUGCUGAAGCCCAAAUAACAUUUCAAACCAAAGGCUGCAUUUUGGAAUCACUGGACCAGAUAAUCCAGCACCUGGCAGGACGUCCUGGUGUGUUCACCAACACGGCUGGGCUGCAAAAACUCAUGGACAUUAUCCAGAUUGUGUUCAGUGUGGACCCUCCUGAAGGCAGCCCUGGUUCUUUGGUGGGGCUGGGUAUCUCACAUUCUUACAAGGUACACAUACACCCUGAAACCAGCCACCGGAGGGCAGCUCAGCGGUCAGAUGCCUGGAGCACCACUGCAUCUAGGAAACAAGGGAAGGUGCUGAGCUACUGGUGCUUCAGUCCCAGCCACAGCAUGCGUGAACUUGUCUGCCAAGGAGUCCGCACCCUCAUCCUCACCAGUGGCACACUGGCUCCCCUGUCCUCCUUCGCUCUGGAGAUGCAGAUACCAUUUCCUGUCUGUCUAGAGAACCCCCACAUCAUUGAUAGGAACCAGCUCUGGGUGGGGGUUAUCCCCAGAGGCCCUGAUGGUGUCCAGCUGAGCUCUGCCUAUGACAAAAGGUUUUCCAAUGAGUGCUUAUCUUCCUUGGGAAAGGCUCUGGGCAAUAUCGCUCGUGUGGUGCCCCAUGGGCUUCUGGUCUUCUUCCCUUCCUACCCUGUCAUGGAGAAGAGCCUGGAGUUUUGGCGGGCACAAGACUUGGCCAAGAAGCUGGAGGUGCUGAAGCCUCUGUUUGUGGAACCCAGGAACAAAGGCAGCUUCUCAGAGGUCAUUGAUGCCUACUACCAGCAAGUUGCUUCCCCUGGGUCUAGUGGAGCCACGUUCUUAGCCGUGUGCCGGGGAAAGGCCAGUGAAGGGCUGGACUUCUCAGACAUGAACGGUCGUGGCGUGAUUGUCACGGGCCUCCCAUAUCCCCCACGAAUGGAUCCCCGUGUUAUCCUCAAGAUGCAGUUCUUGGAUGAGUUGAGAGCCCGGAGUGGAGCUGGAGCUCAGUGCCUCUCUGGCCAGGAAUGGUACCAGCAACAGGCAUCCAGGGCUGUAAACCAGGCAAUUGGGAGGGUUAUCCGCCACCGCCAUGACUAUGGGGCCAUCUUCCUAUGUGACCACAGGUUCGCCUAUGCUGAUGCCAGGGCCCAGCUGCCCUCCUGGGUGCGCCCUUACCUCAAGGUGUAUGACAACUUUGGCCAUGUCAUCCGAGAUGUAGCCCAGUUCUUCCGUGUUGCUCAGAAAACUAUGCCUUUGCCAGUUCACCAGGCUAUGACCUCGAGUGUAAGUGAGAGAGAAUCUGCUGUCAAGGAGGCUACAUUGUCCAGCCCUCUUCUCUCCACCAGGAAAGCCAUGAGCUUGGAUGUGCAUGUGCCCAGCCUGAGGCCCAUAGGAUUGUCGACUUCUGGAGACUCUGAGAGCAGCCUGUGUGUGGAGUAUGAGCAGCAGCCAGUUUCUGCCCAGCAGAGGCCCGUGGGGCUGCUAGCUGCCUUAGAGUACAAUGACCAGAAGGCUGAGACAUCUGAGAAGGAGCAGGCCCCUGGCUCCUCCACCCUGUCUCUCCGAUGUGAGAAGAGGCCGUCUGUUGAGCAGAGAGGAGGAAGGAGAAAGGUCAGGCUGGAGAAACCAGUGGCUGGCACACAAGAAGACAGAGCCAAACUGUUCAUGGUAGCAGUGAAGCAAGCAUUGAGCCAAGCCAACUUCAACACCUUUACCCAGACCCUACAGCAUUAUAAGGGUUCUGAUGACUUUGAAGCCCUAGUGGCUUCUCUCAUCAGCCUCUUUGCUGAAGACCCUAAGAAGCACACUCUAUUUAAAGGCUUCUACCAGUUUGUACGACCUCACCACAAGCAGCAGUUUGAAGACAUCUGCUUCCAGCUGACAGGCCAACGCUGUGGCUACCAGCCAAAGCAUGGCCUUCCCUUCCGAGAACAAGCACAGUCAGCUGCGGACCCCACCAGUAUAGGUAGACAGCUGGAUCCUGGGGAGCACCUGAACCAGGGGAGGCCUCACCUGUCUGCCCAUCUGCCUCCUAAAGGAGACCUCAGCAAUUGUCCAAAAGUGGGGUAUACAGUAGAGAAACCUGGCCAGCCUGCUGUGAGUGCCUACCUAUCCGACAUCCGCAAGGCUCUGGGACCUACAGACUGCAGCCAGCUUAUGGCAGCUCUGAGGGCAUACAAACAGGAUGAUGACCUGGGCAAGGUGCUGGCUGUGGUGGCUGCACUGACUACUGCAAAACCUGAACACUUAUCCCUGCUACAGAGGUUUGGCAUGUUUGUGCGUCCCCACCACAAGCCCCAGUUUCGGCAGACCUGUGUGGACCUUAUGGGCUUGCCAACCACAAGCAAGGGCUUGGAGCUACCAGGUCCCAGGGAAGAGAGCACAACUGGACCUUCUGAGCUCUCCGAGGACACAAAAGCAGGUCCUUCAGUGUCCAAGAAACCUGAGAAGACCCAGAGUAAGAUCUCAUCCUUCCUUAGACAGAGGCCAGUCCAGAGUGUGAAGUCUGAUGGUUCUACCCCAGUGAAGCUUAUGAGGCCUGAUCGGACAGUGUUUGUGUGCCCAGCCUGUGCAACUGAAGACACAGCGCUUUUCCAGUGCCCCUCCUGUGACCUCUGCCGCUGCUGGGCCUGUUGGCAACUGCAACUCCAGGCCUCUAGAGUGUGUCCAGCUUGCGGUGCUGUUAACAGGAAGCAGAGCAUUACUCAGGUCUUCUGGCCGAAGCCCCAGUGAUGUGACAACUGGCUGAUCCACUGCAAGUCUUUACCAUCUAAUGGAUCUGAAACCUCAGGGCAUGAUGGGUGGGUCUGCUAGAUGCCUUCUUGCCGGACAUUUUGAGCGCCCAGGGCUGUUCAAUAAAACCAAUUGACAGGAUGGUGUUCAUGCCUCGCUAAGUAUCCUGGUACAGUUCCAGGGCAGCCAAAGCUACAGACUCUGCCUUGAAAAAGAGAGAAGCAAUGCCAGAUAAUGGUGGCACACACUUUUAAUCCCAGCACUUGGGAGGCUGUCUUUGAGUUUGAGGCCAGCCUGGUCCAGGGCUACACAGAGAAACCUUGUCUCAAAAAAUGAAAACACGGGAGGACAGCUAUCUGGGAAGAUCCCAUCUUGCAGACCUGCAGUGUUCUGUGUCCAGCCAGCUUCUAAAUUGAUCCUUCAUCCUUCACCAGCCAAGCCUCAAAGCCCUUAUGGGAGGUUCCAGGACUUAUCUAUAUGAAAUUGUCCAGCCUAAC